AAGAAAACCGUAUUUUCGUAACCGUAUUUUAUUGGGACAGUACAUCAAAUCAUUUUCUCUGUGAAAGAGUGUGGCCUUGGAAAUUGAUUUGAAAUCCGCUACUAUAAAAGACCUUAUAGCCUUCAAAGAAAAAUAGAACCCAAAAAAACAAAAAACAAAAAAAAAUCAUAUUCCCAAAUUAUUUUAUUUUAUUUUAUUUUUUUUAAGAUCCUUACUGUUGGAGUACCCUAGAGGCUUUAAUCUACACUGUUUAAUUUAUUAUCUUUCAGAUCCUUUCGAUUUUCCUUUACUUAAAUUCUCUUCAUUCACGGAUUCAUGAAGUUUUGAUUUGUCGCACGCUUUACGAGGUAAGGAAGUAAAUUAGUUCAAAACUGCUUUUUUUUUUUCAGAAAAUAAAUUGUUGCUUGUCUGUUUCCUGAGAAAGAGUGAGAUUUUCAUGUUUGAUUUUAGAGUAUGAUGGAUUCUGAAGAUGUCUUGCCUGUUGAGGGGCUUGAGGUUGCCCUUCAAAAUGGUGUUAAUAGGAAACUUCAGGUGUCUGAGGACGACGAUGGUUUUUCAGAUAAUGUGACUGGGAAUGUUGAGAAAACUUUGGAGACUUGUUUGCAGAAUGAAAUGGAUGAUAAUGGAAUAACUAAGGAAGAUAGAGAAGGAAUGAGUGGCUUCGUGGAUAGCAAUGGAUUGAUUGAUUCUAAGGAAGGGGAAGUUAAAGAUAAUGUGAAGCAAUCCAAAUCUCAGAAGGUUCAAGGGAAGACCAAGAAUGAGAACCCCUCAGGUCCCAGAAAUGUUUCUUCAGCUCUAGUGAAGAAAAGUAAAGAUGGAAAAAGUGCAGAGGCGACUUUGACAGCUUCAAAGGGUGGUUCUCUAGCUACAAAUUCACGUCCAAAACAACCUCUUCAAAGUAGUAGAUCAUUUAAUGAAAAACAUGGCAAUGCAUCCAAGCAUUCUGAGAAAUCUGGUGCAGCCUUCACUAAAGGCACUAUGGAGAAACCCAAGCUGAAGCCUCUGAAGAAAGGACCUAUUCAUAAAACUGAAGUAGACACAGAAUUGUCAAGCCCCAUGGCAGCCGAUGCCAAACCUCUUAGGGUUGGUACCCUUCCAAAUUAUGGUUUCAGUUUCAAGUGUGAUGAACGGGCUGAGAAAAGGAGAGAGUUCUACACUAAACUUGAGGAAAAAAUUCAUGCAAAGGAAGUAGAAAAGAGCAAUUUGCAAGCAAAAUCCAAGGAAACUCAAGAAGCUGAGAUUAAGAAGUUUAGGAAGAGUUUAAACUUCAAAGCAACUCCAAUGCCAAGCUUCUAUCAGGAACCUGCACCUCCUAAGGUGGAAUUAAAGAAGAUACCAACUACAAGAGCUAAAUCUCCAAAGCUUGGUCGAAAAAAAGGCUCAGUUCCUUUUGAGUUCGAUGCUGCUAGCAAUAGCAGUCACCAAUCAGGUCGGCGAAGUCUGGAUGAGAAAGCAUCUCAGAGCAUCUCUGCCAAAUUAAUUUCUCCGGUUCAUGCAAAGAAGCCACAGCGUAAAUCCCUUCCCAAACUGCCUUCUCAGAAGACUAGUUUGGCUGGUGCAACAAAUGAGGAAAAAGCAUCUAAGGAAUUGAAUCAGAAAAAGGUAACUGCAUCCAAAGCAACUGCUGAGGGGAAAGUAGCUUCAUCCAAAACAACCUUAUCCAAUGCGACAAAUGAAGAGUUUUCUCCAAUUCAACUAGAGGAGGCGGUUCCUACAGUUGAUUCAGGAGAAAGUCAGCCUGACAUUGAUCAAUGGCCAAUGAUCGGAGAGCAAGGACAGCUGGACUUUAUACAGGAGCCUAUUGCACCAUGAUGUUCAUAUACAAAGCUGUUGACCUCAUUUUGCCUUAAGGAUGUCUAAGACUGAAUUACUCGACGAUCAAGGUAUGAAAAACUUCUACAUUAGCUUAUGAUGUCUUCUCUGAUAUUUGGCAGCUUUGGUUGUUUCGGUCGUUGCUUGCAGGACUCUGUGUCUAUCUUUUACCGAGUUGUCCUAAUGUAUGUGGUUUAAGGAUGGGCUUUAUUGAAUAUAUUUUGGAAAGUUUUAGGAGUUUUUCUUUUGUUGUUGUUUAGAUAAAUCCAUGAUUAGGGUUUCUCCUUGGCGCUGAAUAACUUGGUAUUGUGAAUUAAAAGUCCUUUCUUAAUUUCUUUGAA